UCUCUCCCUCCCUCUCUGCCUCCACGUCAGUCGCAGUCUGAGCUCCAGCCCCAGAAUUGAGGGGCUUUGUGGGACACCACUGUAAUAACAUGGGAGCUGAACAGAGCACAUAUACUGAUCAUAAACAUCCAGAAUCUCAUGUCUCAGCUUCACCAUCUCCAGCAAAGCAGAGGGCCAAAAUGGACGACAUCAUAGUUGUUGCCACAGGAACCCAGCAGCCUGCACGGACAACGUGGAAUGAUCCAGAUGUAAUUAAGCUGCAGGAAAUUCCCACCUUCCAACCUCUGCUUAAAGGGCUAUUAAGUGGUCAGACCACUCCCAGCACAAAUAAAUUGGAAAAACUAGACUCCCAGCAAGUAUUAAAGGUCUGUCUACGCUACCAGGAUCACCUACAUCAGUGUGCGGAGGCGGUCGCUUUUGAUCAGAACGCUCUUGUAAAGCGAAUCAAAGAGAUGGAUCUCUCUGUGGAAGCCUUGUUCACCAUUAUGCAGGAGCGGCAGAAGAGAUAUGCCAAGUAUGCUGAGCAAAUACAGAAGGUUAAUGAGAUGUCUGCUAUCCUCCGGCGCAUACAGAUGGGCAUAGAUCAAACUAUUCCAUUAAUGGAGAAACUCAAUAGCAUACUGCCAGAGAAUGAUCGACUUGAACACUUCAGCAUGAAGCCUGACAAAGAUUCAAAGUACCAAUAGACAAUCCAGAGUUGUGUCUCUCUAUCCUUUGCACUCCACGAAAAUCCUGCAGUUCAUUAGUCAGUGGGCUGAAACUCAUCUGAGGCUCAGAUGUUGAGAAAAAUGAAGCAUCAUUGCACUUGCAGGCACGCUGAUCACCAGUAGUAAUCUACUAUCUGCUGCUGCUUCAGAAUGAUUGGCAAUGCUCAAUAGACCUCCUGAUAGUACAAUAUAUAUGUGAAGCCAAUGGAUGGUUUCUCACAUACCAGCUGGAAAUGCAUUUUUGGUAACUCGAUGUGAUUUAUUAAUGAUUAGUAUCAAAUCCGUUGAGAAUUGGGGUGAAACAUCUGAGCCAAUUUGCACUUUUCCAAACACACUAGGAUUGCAGCAGCCACCAGAGUAGUUUAAUUAAUGCAUGCAAAGUAACAUGACAUUAAUACUCUCUGACUUGCAACUUCUCCACUUAGCUCCACUUACACCACCGCUUUGAUAUUGUUGUAGUGUGGGACACCAGUUACCUGUGCCUUGUUUGUCUGGUUGGCAUGGUCUUGACAGCUUGUGUUUAGCCAGUUCAUUUCUUCCCUCAUUUCCUGUUUUGUAAAGAGACAAGCUGUACUUGGAUAAAAUGCACAUUCACCUCCCCCAGUGUACUCAGGAACGUGACAAUGUAAUAAAAAAAUACUACUUGUGCAGUUUAAAACCAAUUAUGAAUGUCAGAACUUUCCACUGUCAAUGCAAUUCUGACUAUAGAAUUUGAAUUACAUUUGCUUCAAAUUACUUGUUGAUAUAGGUACAUGUUGCUUUGCAGGUUAGUUCAAAUAGAUGUAAACUUGAAUCUUGCGACUCAAAUUUUGGAAGUUCUUAAAAAUAAAACAUUUUACUUGACUUUUGAAAGGGGGAUAGCACUUAAGGGUAGUACUCGUUGAUACCCAGGUUUUGCACACUACCUACAGAUGAAAUGUGUUUAAUCACCAUGCCUUGUUACAUGGGGUGGAACUUUAAAACAAAAUGAUGCAAACACAUACAUGGGGAGGGAAGCAUUCUUGACUGGCCAGUAAAUAUGUAGACUUUGAUGAUUUGUGUGUAUUUACCAACCAGAAAAUAAUAACACUGGAGCUAUCAAUCAAGAAAUUAAGUCUUACAAUGUAUUGCCUCAAAGUAAUGAAGGGAAAGGGGAAAUACAAGCAAAAAGUGAAACAAACGUUUCCACUGUUAUAGAGCUAGUACAUACCAUCCACCUGUGGCAAGUCUGGUGACAGUCAUGCACUUUGUUCUGUGUUUCGUUAAUGUUUGCUUGUUCUUCAAUGAUGCUUAGUAACAUUUGUUAUCAAAGAAUUGCUACUGCUCUGGGCGUCACCUUCAGGGUUGAAAAUUGCUAACCUUCUGCUGUUAUCUAAACGGGUAUCAGGGAAAUUUUUUGGUGUGAGGUUGCAUUGUUCUGAGUGCAUGCCUUCACUGCUUUUCAGUUUAUUCCCUCCUGAAAAUCAACUCAAGUUUUGAUGUUCAUUUUGUUUUCAGUU